UCAUCUCUGCUUCCAAGAAGAAUAAGCUGACUUUACUCUUUCACUGCCUUUUUUUUUUUACAUUCCUGUUUCUAAGUUGUAACGUUUUGUCUUUUUCUUUUUCCCAUUCUUCUCACCACUUCAAUCAUCUUUUGCUUCGAGUUGUUGGAGACUCGAGAGAAAGACCACACCAGAGUGUUGAGUUUAGAGAUGGGUUUCGUGGGCUAUCUCUUCUUUGCAUUGAAAUGCUUUGACCUAUUUGCUUGGUGGAAGGGGUGGUGAUGAUGAUAAUGAUGAUUGUAUUCUCAAUAGAUGUGCUUCGAUUUGUGCUAUUGAGAGUAACUCGAAUUCGGACACUCGGAAGUUGAUCGCUUAUUGGGUUUUCUAUUCGUUGAUUUCACUCUUCGAGCAUGCUUUCAUGAAGCUUCUUGAGUGGCUACCAUUCUGGCCUCACAUGAAGCUAAUCAUCAUGUACUGGUUGAUGAUUCCUCACUUUGGCAAUGCUCUCUAUUUCUAUGAACUCCUUGUCCAACCCUGUCUCUCCUUGGUACCACAAAUUGUCAUCAACUUGUUCAAUGAGUGGAAGGAGCAUUGUCUAAAGAGAGAUGGCUUUCCUACUGAGGCAGCUGAGAGAUACCAGAAACAGAAUGAAUCUGAAGCUUCAGAGGAACUUAUUUCUAGUGAUGAGUCAAAGUCCAUAGAGAACAAUGUCGGGCAGAAAGAAGACAAAGAUGUUGAAGUAACAGAAGAAAAUGAAGAUGUUGAAGUAACAGAAAAAAAUGAAGUUGCUGCAAUUGAGAGGUCAAAGUCCAUAGAGAACAAUGUCGGUCAGAAAGAAGACAAAGAUGUUGAAGUAACAGAAGAAAACGAAGAUGUUGAAGUAACAGAAGAAAAUGAAGAUGUUGAAGUAACAGAAAAAAAUGAAGUUGCUGCAAUUGAGAGGUCAAAGUCCAUAGAGGACAAUGUCGAGCAGAAGGAAGACAAAGAUGUUGAAGUAACAAAAGAAAACGAAGAUGUUGAAGUAACAGAAGAAAAUGAAGAUGUUGGAGUAACAGAAAAAAAUGAAGUUGUUGCAAUUGAGAGGUCAAAGUCCAUAGAGGACAAUGUCGAGCAGAAGGAAGACAAAGAUGUUGAAGUAACAAAAGAAAACGAAGAUGUUGAAGUAACAGAAGAAAAUGAAGAUGUUGGAGUAACAGAAAAAAAUGAAGUUGUUGCAAUUGAGAGGUCAAAGUCCAUAGAGGACAAUGUCGAGCAGAAGGAAGACAAAGAUGUUGAAGUAACAGAAGAAAACGAAGAUGUUGAAGUAACAGAAGAAAAUGAAGAUGUUGGAGUAACAGAAAAAAAUGAAGUUGUUGCAAUUGAGAGGGUUACUCCCAUAGAGUCCACCCUUGUUCAGACUGGGAAAAGCAUAGAGACACUUACAGAUAUGAAUGUAACCUCAAAGAGUACACCUGAUUUCACUAAAGUUCAGAAAGAGUGGGCUUGUGCUAUAUGUAAGGUCACAAUCCAAAGUGAGACAACUUUGAAUUCCCACCUUCAAGGAAAGAGACACAAGGCAAAUUGUGAGGUGCUGAAAGCAAUUACCAGAGCCAAAAAGAAAAAUUUCCCUACUUCAACAACAAAGAAACAUGAACAGACACAGACACAAAAGAAAUGUGCAUCCAGCAAUGGAUUGAAAGAGGAAGUUAAUAUAAAACAAUGGGAUGUGCAUGGCCUGCAAAUAAAUUCUAAGAAAAUUGUUCAGGACACUCGAUCUCCUCUAUCGUGUUACAUAUGUAACCUAAGGUGCCCCAAUAAAGAUAACUUGGAUGGUCACCUUAAGGGAAAGAAGCACUUGGCCCGGAUUCGGGAAUUGGCAGAUUUUGUAGAAGGCCUUUCUUGUCUUUGGGUUAUCCUCUAUGCGCUUCAAUUUGUGCUAUUGAGAGUAAUUCGAGUUCGGACACUCGGAAGUUGGUCGCUUAUUGGGUUCUCUAUUCGUUGAUUUCACUCUUUGAGCAUGUGUUCAUGAAGCUUCUUGAAUGGCUACCAUUCUGGCCUACCAUGAAGCUAAUAAUUAUGUACCGGUUGAUGAUUCCUCACUUCAGUGGUGCUCUCUAUUUCUAUGAACUCCUUGUCCAACCCUGUCUCUCCUUGGAACCACAAUUUGUCAUCAACUUGUUCAAUGAGUGGAAGGAGCCUUAUCUAAAGAGAGAUGACUUUCCUGCUGAGGCAGAGAGAUACCAGAAACAGAAUGAAUCUGAAGCUUCAAAGGAACUUCUUUCUAGUGAGUCAAAGUUCAUUGAGCAUAAUAUUGAGUCAGAAGAAAUCAAAGCCGUUGAGGUAACCGAGAAAAAUGGAGUCACUGCAAUUGAGAGG